AUGGCCGUCAACUCUACAGAGUCUGCUAUCGAUAUCCCUCCUGGCUCAGGAUGCGUGAAGGUCAAGAUCAUCGACAUUUGCAGCAUAUGCAAUAUCGGAACCAAGUCACUGUUCACACCUCCGGUCCCGGGUUAUGAUGUGAUUGCUUCAGCACCCUCCUACAUUUUCCUGCUAGAACACCCGUCUGGCAAGAAGGUGCUGUUCGAUCUCGGCAUUCGUAAAGACUGGGAGAACCUCCACCCGGUCGUUGCAGAGCGCUUGCAAUCUGGCACGCACGUCGUUAAGGUCGAGAAAGAUAUCGACGAGUUCUUGAGCGAGCAUGAAAUCAACAAGAAAGGCAUCAAUGCUGUGAUCUGGAGUCAUGCUCACUGGGAUCAUAUGGGCAACAUGUCGUUGUUUGAAUUCGAAACAGAUCUUGUUGUGGGGCCUGGGUUCAAGAAACAGUUCUUGGACAAUCCCAAUACCUCGCCGUUAGGCGCAGUUAUCCCGAGUGACAUCCAAGGUCGGAAUGUUCACGAAAUCGCGUUUGAGCCAGGAGACUCUCGCGUCGUGCAGAUUGGCCAAUUUCCCGCGUUCGACUAUUUCCAGGACGGCUCCUUAUACCUCAUCGACAGCCCUGGUCACUGUGUCGGCCACCUCUGCGCGCUGGCCCGGACGUCCGUAAAUCCCAGCAGCUUUGUAUUCCUGGGCGGGGAUGCCGCUCACCACUGCGGCGAGCUCCGUCCUUCACGACACGUGCCUCUACCUUAUUCCAUUUCACCGAAUCCACUGCCGACAAAACAGCAGAACUCGCAAUUCAGUCCGAAUAAGUGGUUCGAGACCCUCCAGACAUCUCGUGGUCGGGACGUGACAGGCCCGUUGUACCAGCCUGCGUUUGGGCACGAUAUGGACCAAGUGCUGGCGACGAUCGCGAAGAUGCAGACGUACGAUGGUGACGACAGUAUCUUGGUGGUGCUUGCACACGACGCGGCUUUUAGAGAUGCAUCUGUGCCAAAGUUCCCGCAGGCCAUCAACGAUUGGAAAAAGCUUGGUCUUGGGGAGAAAUUUCGGUGGACAUGGCUGGGAGAUGUGUGGCACGAGAGUCAAGAGCAUGCUUCCUCCUGCUGCUCUUGA